UGCAAAUAUGAAAUGUUUACAUUCCGGUGUGCGGAACGUGGAUGUUGUGGGAAUUUUAAUGUAAUCCUUAAUCCUCGAAAAAGAACUAGAUUGGUUUUAAAAGAAGUAAAAACUUAAGAUUUAAACUUAAUUAAAGAAUUAUUGUUUGCGAAGGUUGUUUCGAAUUAAAACUAAGUAGGUCUGCCGAAGAUGGGAAGAAAAUUAACGACUUCUUUAUCUGAUGGAACGUUGGCAGUUUCUUCUCUGUUAGCAGCUUGGAGAUUACAUGAAUCAUCUGCAAAUUGGCAUCUCCAUUUUUUUUCAUCCACUCUGAAACUGGAAGAAACACCAUUAUUUGGUAUAAGCUGUUUCUUACUCAUUGCCGUUGCUGCUUUUUUGGGAACAAUUCGUUUUAGUUUUUCAUCUCCACCUAAUAAAUUAAUCUCCCUUCAUAAAAAGACAACAUGGUGGGUUUCCAUUGCUGGAUUUUCAUUGCUGGCAGCCAAUUUUAAUUUUGUAUAUAACAAAGCCAUGAUUGGCUGGAUUCAUGUGCUUAGUAUUUUUGUAAUUGUCUUUGCUCUCAAAACUUUACCAAAUAAGCUUAGCAAAGUUCUUACUCAGAUUCAGCAAGUCACAUCCUUUGUGUCUGUUGGUGGAUUGUGUGUUACCCAUUAUAAUUGGCAGGGUGCUGUUGGCAUUCACAUAAUUCCAGUUGCUGCAAUAAUAGUAGGCACAGAAGGUAAGGUACUGGGUAUGCCAGCAGUUGAUGUAUUUCAUUAUAUGAUAAGUUGUAGUGUAUAUUUAUUGUCUCGUGCAUUGAUUAUCAUUUAGUUUCUGUAUCAAUGAUUCAGAAUAAUUCUAUCAUAAAAACAGAUUAAUUAACAACAUAAAUAAACAGUAUUGUUAUUUUGAAUAUGAUUGAAGUAAUAUUUUUAAAAAGCAUUCUGAGA